CGCAGACAUACUUAAUGGCCAGUGAGGAGGAAGUCAACAUUGAAGAUGAAAUAAUUGAGGAAUCAUAAGAAGAAGACAAUCCAAAAAAGAAGAAGGACAAGAAAGAUAAGAAAAUAACUAUGAAACAAGACUAGAAAAAGCCAAUUGAUGGCAAAUAACAAUUCGGUGACAAAUCUAUAUGUCGAUUAUGCAAAGUGACUACUCAAUCCACUCCAACUAUAAUCUGUAUCAGGUGUCACUUUAAAUACCACAAGGAAUGCAUACGAACUUAAAACAAAGAGCCAUAAUUCCAGGACGGCACCAAAUGGUACUGUCUCUCCUGUAUAGAGAGAAUGGCCAAGCGAAAAUUGAAAGAGUCGGAACCAUAGAAAAAGAAGAAAACUAGCCAAAUCCCUGAAAUCUUUCAGAAAACCCUUCAACCACAGGAAGAUAAAUUGAAAAAACACACCGAAUUCCAACAAAAAUAUCCAACCUAUGUCCAAUAAGGGAGAGUAAUUUUUCCCAUAUUUGAUGAAUAUCUUACCGCAUACCAAUAAUUGUUUACCAUCGAAAUCAAAAAGAAGCCACAACUCCAACUUGAUCCUGCCAUUCCCCAGAGCCUCUUUGAAGACGUUCUUAAAAUAUGGGACACCUACAAUUAUAUGGACAAAAUUGUGAGUGACAUCCUCUACGCAGGAGAACAGCAAACCGAACGUAUCCCUAUUGAUUUAUAUAACAAGAGUAAAGCCAAGUCAAUAACAUUGGCACCCUCAUUCAUUUCAAAGACAACCACACCCCCUAUAGUUAAAAAAGUAGGUCCGAAAUAUAUCAUAUCGUCAAAACCAAGCCUGAUGAAUUGAUCCUCUUCUUCUGCUACUUCUAUCUCAAACAAAUCAUCGAGGAUCUGGAUUAGGAAUAGAUGUAAAAACAGUCUUACGUAACUCAUAUCAAAUAUACUCCUAGAAAAUCCCAUAUUGGCAUCUUCUCGGAUACAUGUGGUUCACCAAUCGAAUUCGAUAUUACGAGUUAUUGAGAGAUGACAUCAAGUCGCUCCCCACCAAUAUCUAUAAAUAAGGAAUAUUACAUUUGGCACAAGAUUUGAUAGACUUUAGCGAUUACACUGACAUCAAAAAAGUGUGCAAAUUGCUUAUAGCCUUGUCUGAUGGGUUAACAGGCCUAAAGAAAACACAGUUUUUGUAUCAAUUCAGAACUGAAAAUCUCCUGUCCAACAAUAGAAUCAAGCAACAAUUGGGAACACAAAUAAAACAACAAAGAAGUCAGCAAAUUGAUAUCAACAAAGAAAUCAUUGAGGCUGAAGGCAACUUUUCGAUUGCCCAAGUAUUCUCUCUUAUGUUAUUUCAUAGUCUCAACUCCAACAAGAUGGUUUAACUAGAGUCGAAACACAGAAGUUCACAAAAUAAAUGGAACAAGCCUAAAAAUAGGCACAAAAAUUAAAAUAACAGUACUCAAAAUUAGAAAAAGAAAUAGCCUCCUUAACAGAAAGAUAUAAUUAACAAGACAAGGUAAAAUAGCCUUCCAUUCUUAUUAGGAAUUGGCCAUCACUUAAAUGCCAGCCUUAUUGUUAAAUCCCUCCAUGUGCUUAGGUCAGGAUGCCAAACACAGUUCAUAUUACUUCUUUCUAUAUGAGCCUGACAAAAUCUUUGUUUGUAUGAGACAUUCUAUCAUUGAUGACGAUGGAUCACAAUAAUAAUGGGGCUUUUAUGAUUAGACUGAAAUACAAAAUCUACUUAAUUCAUUGUGUCCAAAAGGGGUUCGAGAGAACACUCUCAAAAAUAACAUUAUUGAAUUGCAGAGGGCCAAAUUGAUAUAAAUCAAUGAGUAAAAUCAGGAGUAAAGUGAUUAAAUUGAAUAAGAAAAUCAUAAGAAUGGUAAAGGAGUGGAUAUUGAGUAGGAGGGUCACAAUUAAAGUGAGGAACAAAUUGAAAGAAUGAAUAGUUUAAUCAAUUUAGAUGUGGAUGAACUAGUCAAUGAAUUUGUUGAAAUCGAAUCGAGUUUGACACAAUAUUUAAAUUAGAAAAAUUCAAGGUGGUGCAGUACUGAACAAAGGACGGGAUUCUUGAAGGGUUUUUAGAAUGUAAUUGAAAAAAAGAAUUCUCAAGAGUACGAUGAAAUUGAUCUGUAACCUUUGGGGAAGGCCAUUGAGUACUUUGUGGAUAACACAAUGAUGCAAGAGAAGUUGGAACUCAGAUUAGAGGAAGAGAUGGAUGAUAAAUAAUUCAACGAAAAUGAUGAGGAUUCCUAUUAACCAAAUAGAAGGAGAAAGGUUGUUGAAGAUGAUUCUUCCGUUGAUGAGUAACCCUAAACCAUGUUGCAGCAAUUAGAAUAGAUGGAUAAUGGGAGAGUGAGAGUUCGAAAAUUGCCUAUGAAAUUGUUUGGGACCUAUUAUGAAACUCUCCGGUAGAAUCUAAUAGAACAACUCAAAUUCGAUUGCAACUUGGCCAAAAUGAAGAUUUGUUUGGAAGUGUUGGGGUAGAUAGUUAAAGAUUACAUUGACAGGAAAAAAGUUUAGAUUCAAUAAUAAAUUUUACCUGUGGGGGAAAAGAAGAAAGUAGAAGAAGUCAUUAUUAAAAAGAAUGUCGAACCAAUACCCCAACUUGUUUAGGAACCACAAUUGUAUGUGACUCAAAAUUUAAGGAAAAGAAAUCAAGUGAAACCUUAGUAUACUGAGACGGAGACUAAGUGGGAGGACAGAUGUAAGAAAUGCAACAAAGGCGGCAAAGUCAUUUGUUGUGAUACUUGCCCAAAAGUAUUCCAUCCAAAAUGUAUCAACUUAAAGGAGGUUCCGUAAGGGAAGUGGAACUGUCUUAAUUGCUUAAGAAAUUUUGAGAGAUAAAUCAAAACAAGAGCUACUAUUAGAAAGUUAGAAAACCAAUGA